AUGCCGUUCAACAGUGUGUUGUUAAUUUCGACGGCGACCAGAUCGGCGGAGCUGUGGCAGCGGCUGGCGUGUUUGCCGGAGCGGAUCAGCAGCGAUGAGAUGGUGGAUUUGGUAAUCUGUUUCCCUCUGCAGCAGCUCGGCCGUUGGGCUCUCUACGUCUGGACUUUCCUCUGCGUUUCUCCCUACCCCCACCGCCACCACUACGACGCCGCCUACAACAGCGAUGAUUCCGAUUACUACGACGACGACGACUCCGAUGGCGGCGGCGGCGCUUCGAAUCACGAUUAUCACUACUGCCUUUACUGCAACCAAAACAGUGGCGGUUACGGCUCUUCUUCCAAUUCUGAUUAG